AUGGGAAAAGCACGCCUCUCGAAAGCUGAUGGAGUGCACAAACAAUACGAGAAAGGCUCAAAUAAAGAUCCAGUAGAUUCUGCGGCGGUUGAUGAAGCAGCUGAUCCCGAACCUGAGCCGAAGAACCCAGCGCCAAAGACUGGCACACGUCACACGAGCAAUGGCAAAAAGUACAAGGGACAAAGUUUGAAAACGGGGCGGACUUCAUAA